CGGGAGCCGCGCUGGUGGCGCGGCGGAUGAACCGGGGGCCCGGCCGCGCCCGGAGCGCGGGCGCUCUGACGGGCCGCAGGGCCCCGCUCCGCCCAUGGCCUCCCUGCUGGAGGACCCCGUCCUGAUCCGGCCUUUCCGAGGCCACACGGCGGCGGUGACAGGCGUCGCCUUCAACGCGGACGGAGCAGGGCUGGCUACUUGCUCUUUGGAUAGGUUUCUUAUGGUGUGGAAGCUGAAGACACGAUGCAGAGCUUACAGAUUUGUAGGCCAUGUGGAAGCAGUGACCAGUGUAGAGUUCUCACCAGAUGGGCAGCUACUGGCUUCAUCUUCUCAAGAUCGUACUGUCAGACUAUGGGUUCCUUGCAUUCAUGGAGAAUCAUCAGUAUUGAAAGGUCAUACAGCAUCUGUUCGUAGUGUGAGCUUCUCCCAUGAUGGCUGCUCUCUAGUUUCAGCAUCCAAUGAUAAAUCAAUAAAAAUAUGGAGUGUUUGCAGUCAGCGCCUUUUGUUUACCCUAUUCCAACACACUCAUUGGGUUCUCUGUGCCAAAUUUUCACCUGAUGGAAGAAUAAUAGCAUCUUGCAGUGAGGAUAAAUCUGUUAAGAUCUGGGAUACAAGAAAUAAAACUUGUAUUAAUAGCUUCUCAGAUUAUGAAGGAUUUGUAAAUUUUGUGGAUUUCAACCCAAGUGGAACGUGUAUAGUUUCUGCAGGUUCCAAUCAUACAGUGAAACUGUGGGAUAUUCGAAUAAACAAGCUACUGCAGCAUUUCAAAGUUCACAGAGCAGGGGUUAACUGUGUAUCAUUCCAUCCUUCUGGUAACUACCUCAUCACUGCUUCUACUGAUGGUACCCUUAAGAUUCUGGACCUCUUAGAAGAAAGACUUAUUUACACUCUCCAUGGACACAAGGGACCUGUACUUUCUGUGGCUUUUUCAAAAGGUGGUGAAAAAUUUGCCUCAGGUGGAGCAGAUGCUCAGGUAUUACUAUGGAAAACCAACUUUGAUUCUUUUGAUUAUAAAGAAGUUCUUAAACACAAUUUUAGAAGAACACAUAUUGAUGAACCUCCUCAUCUUCUUGAUAUUUACCCGAGAUCACCUCAUCUCCAUGAUGAAAAACUUCAGUCAGUUGAGGUUGACCCUACAUAUGAUGUAACUGAUAUGCAAACACCUGAUCCACCUGUCAUAGAGAUUAGAACCUCUUCAUCUUUCAGUACUCUGGGUGAUGGCAAAACUGAAGCGCUGCACCAGCCCCCUGCUUCGGUCUUGGCAAGAAGUUCAAAAAGGAAAUCAGAGAAUGAGAGCAGAUCAGCUGUGCAUAAUGAAGACAAGCAAACAGGCAUCUCCCCCUCCCUGGACAGUGCUUUGGAGCACAUUGUGGGACAGCUGGAUGUGUUAACUCUAACAGUUUCAGUCUUGGAACACCGUCUGACUUCAGCUGAAGAUAAAUUGAAAGAAUGCUUAGAAGAUCAGCAAGUAUUACUUCAGGGAAGCCAGGACAAAUAAAAGCUGAAAAUUAACUAUA